CUCCAGCUAACGGCUAUUACCAUGGCGUCAACUGAGAUAGCAAGGCAAGCGGGAGAGGGGGCUCGUGCCGUACCUCUUGCAGGCCAUGUCGGCUUUGACAGCAUGCCAGACCAGCUGGUCAACAAGUCUGUCAAUCACGGAUUCUGCUUCAACAUCCUCUGCGUUGGCGAGACAGGUCUGGGGAAAUCCACCCUCAUGGACACGUUGUUCAACACCAAAUUUGAGGGCGAGCCCACCCAGCACAACCAGCCGGGAGUCACGCUCAAAUCCAACACCUAUGAACUCCAGGAGAGUAAUGUGCGCCUCAAACUCACUGUUGUUAACACCGUGGGCUUCGGAGACCAGAUCAAUAAAGAAGACAGCUACAAGUCCAUUGUGGAGUUUAUCGACGCCCAGUUCGAAGCAUAUCUACAGGAAGAGCUGAAAAUCAAGCGCACGCUACACAGCUACCACGACACCCGCAUCCACGCGUGCCUGUACUUCAUCGCUCCCACGGGACACUCGCUGAAAUCCCUGGACUUGGUGACCAUGAAAAAACUCGACAGCAAGGUCAAUAUUAUUCCAAUCGUCGCCAAGUCAGACGCCAUCUCAAAGAGCGAGUUGGCCAAGUUCAAAAUCAAAAUCACCAGCGAGCUCGUCAGCAACGGAGUGCAGAUCUACCAGUUUCCCACCGAUGACGAGUCCGUGGCGGAGAUCAACUCCACGAUGAACAGCCAUUUGCCGUUCGCCGUGGUGGGCAGCACGGAGGAAGUGAAGAUCGGGAACAAGAUGGUGAAGGCCAGGCAGUACCCCUGGGGGACGGUGCAGGUGGAAAAUGAGAAUCACUGUGACUUCGUCAAACUGCGAGAAAUGCUGAUCAGAGUGAACAUGGAAGACCUGCGAGAGCAGACUCACACCCGCCAUUACGAGCUCUACCGCCGCUGCAAGCUGGAGGAGAUGGGCUUUAAGGACACGGACCCUGACAGCAAGCCCUUCAGUCUGCAGGAGACAUAUGAAGCUAAGAGGAACGAGUUCAUGGGUGAGCUGCAGAAGAAGGAAGAAGAAAUGAGGCAAAUGUUCGUCCAAAGAGUUAAAGAAAAGGAGGCCGAGCUCAAAGAAGCAGAGAAAGAGCUGCACGAGAAGUUUGACCGUCUGAAGAAGCUCCACCAGGACGAAAAAAAGAAACUGGAGGAUAAGAAGAAGUCCCUGGACGACGAGCUCAACAUGUUCAAACAGAAAAAGACUGCUGCAGAGCUCCUGCAGAACCAAGCUCAGCAGGCAGGGGGCUCCACCACACUCAAGAGGGACAAAGAGAGGAAAAAUAAUCCCUGGCUCUGCACUGAGUAGGUCCUCAGCCCUCAAGCUUUGUUGAGGGACCACCAGCAUUUUGUGGGUACUGAGUACUCAAAUGUGACCAGAGGCUUUGUGGACUCCCCCCUCCCAUUCUUCAGGGUUUUCUCAAUAGUUACCUUCUCUGCAUACUACAGGGUUGAUGUGUUAUCUGUGUGUCACUGCAGCUCUUAACUUCACCUUGAGCUAAUUCUUGCUUUAUUGCUUUUAUGUGUACUGUUUUUUUUUUUGUUUGUUGUUGUUUUUGCUGUGACUAACAUCUUUUCCCACUUCAGUAACGAUUGCACUUAUUCAUUUAAGUCAUAUUUGAAUUGUAUAUUUACAUUUCUGCUCACUUAAAGGCUUCACAGGGAAUGUAGACAUGACGUUGAAUUUUAACACCUACUUUAAAGCCUAAAAAUGUUGCACCAUUGUCAGUAGGCACAAUAUUUUCUCAUACAUUUUGACUUUUUUAUCUGCUAGAAUGACUGUUUUAAUCACCCUCAGAGCUUGUAUUUAUUAUAAAGCAUAAACUUUUUUUUCCACUGCUAUCAAAUGCACUUCAGAUUCUCCUUUCUGUGAGCGUUUCUGCUUUGACGACUCCUCUAACAGCUGGCUUUCUUUCUCUUUGUCUCUUCAGCUUCUUUUAAUCUGUCUUGACCACCUGAAGAGGGGAUUGCAGCUUCAGCAAGAACUAAGCACCCUUUACCUCUUCCUGUUUCUUCUCGCUGUACCAACCUUUUUUAUUCUCUCCCAUCGCAUCUCUUUUUUUUUUUGGCCUUAUGUGGACUCGCAUGGUAUUUCUGACCACCAAAUGAAGCUCUAAACCCAGGCACGCAGGUUGGAAAACCCGGGCACAAUUAAAAUCUAACAUGUCUUAAUGUAUAUAAAAUAAAGAGUGUCAUUAAUGUAAUUCAGUAGAAGUCGUCGGUGAGGGGUUCACACAUUUACAGGACUUGAAACAGAAUUGCAAUGAUCUGCACUAUGCACACAUCUUUUAAAUGCACAUUAGAAUAAAAGGUUACAGGAACAUCAAGGCUUGCUGAUUAAAUUUAAACUCAUCAAUGAUAGAUGCACUUACCGCACUAUAUGUAGUGUGUGUUGAAUCAUAAAAGGGAGUAGUCAUGUUUGAAAUGGAAAUCUGCUUCCAGGGUUCCCAAACAUUAGCGAAUGAUCAUCUUCACAGAACUUAAUUAGAGUCGUAAUCAUGCAAAAGCCAAAGCAAUAUUUAUAUUUAGCACUUCAUCUGAUGCUGCCCAUGUUUACACGUCACUGUUGAAUACCAUGGAGGUCACAUGUAAUGGCCUUUUUUCACACAUUGUGCUUUAAUAUUCAACAGCCUAUUCUAUAUUUUGCAUGCAUCUUUUUAUUUCAUUACAGCUGUGAUCUUGACCUUUGACCUGCUUGUUUUUAUCCCUUAAAAUAACCCUGUUUUCGCAGUCAAUUUCAACUUCACUGCUGUUGUUUUUUUUUUUCUUCUUCCAAUGGUGCAUAUUAUUAAUGUAUAUUUGCUCAGCCCUUUGAUUUCAGCUCCCUUUUUUUGCCAAAUAUUAGUAUGACGUGGAGUUGAACUGAAUCCCAGACAGGAGUAUUAAAAAAGAAAAGAAAAAAAAGAUACUCAUGCAUUUAUAUAAUUUAUAAGGAUAUAUUUUGUGUAUUGAAGUGGAGACUUGUUGUUUAUUACUAUGAUCUUUGGACGUGACGAGUAUAAAGUAACAUUUUGGUGUCAGAAAAUGCCAUACAUUUUUUCUAGUAUCAGUCAUCACCUCUUGUAGUCAAAAACUUUCCCACACUACAAAUUAUUCAAUAUCUUACUUUAGUUUAAUUCCAUUGAUGUACAUUUUCAA